UAGGUUAUGUAUGUUGAAUCAUUCCGUUCCGUGAGUGAAUGUCAUCGUCAUCAUCAUUUUAGUGGGAAAUAGUGGUACAAAGUUCAAUACUGAUAGUAAAUUUGGGCUUUUAUUGAAUGCUGUAACUAGUUUCAAAUAAUUAAAGCAUCGUUAUCAUUAUGAUGAACUCUAGGAGGUUGUCGGGACUUACAAUUUUUAUUACUGGUGCAAGUCGUGGAAUUGGAAAAGCAAUAGCUUUGAAGGCAGCCAAAGAUGGUGCCAAUAUUAUAAUUGCUGCCAAGACUGCUGAGCCGCAUCCAAAACUUCCUGGAACAAUUUAUACUGCCGCACAAGAAGUGGAAGCAGCAGGUGGGAGGUGUCUGCCAUGCGUUGUUGAUAUUCAGCACGAAAAUCAAGUGCAGUCAGCAGUUGAUGAAGCCGUUAAAACUUUUGGCGGAAUAGAUAUUGUCGUGAAUAAUGCUAGUGCUAUCAUGCUAACAGGAACGUUAGAAACACCUAUGAAACGGUAUGACUUGAUGAAUGGUGUCAAUGCUCGCGGCACUUUUCUUGUAUCCAAAUCAUGCUUACCUUAUUUACAGAAAAGUAAACAUGCUCAUAUCCUGAACAUUAGCCCUCCUUUGAAUUUAGAUCCAUUGUGGUUCAAAAAUCAUGUUGCUUAUACCAUUGCCAAGUACGGUAUGUCAAUGUGUGCGCUCGGGAUGGCUGAAGAAUUCAGAAGUAGUAAUAUCGCGGUCAAUUGCUUAUGGCCUGCAACAGCCAUUCACACCGCUGCCAUUGAGAUGCUGACUGGCCCGGAUUCCUCCAAGUGGUCUCGGAAACCAGAUAUUAUGGCUGAUGCAGCAUACGCCAUUUUAACCAAAGAUCCUGCUGAGUACACUGGAAAUUUUGCAAUAGAUGAAGAUGUGCUGAAAAAAGAAGGAGUAACUAACUUGGAGCAGUAUGCUUGUGACCCUGCUCAUGCCAAUGAACUAAUGCCAGACUUUUUCUUGGGGUCUCCAUCAGAUCAGUCUCGUGAAAGCUCUUCAAAAGGUGAUAACGCUACCUCUAGCACGGGUACAAUCGACUCAAUCUUUGCUAAAAUUGAACACAAUCUGUCCUCUGAGUUAGUCUCCAAGACACAAGCAAUUUUCCAAUUUGAAGUUACCGGAGAUGAACAUGGAACAUGGUUCGUCGAUUUGAAAAAUGGUGGCGGACAAGUUGGGAAAGGAAAGUCUCCCCACUCCCCUGAUGCAGUUCUAUCGAUGGAAUUCAAAAACUUUCUCGCUCUUUUUGGAGGUAAACUGAAACCAGCAACUGCAGUUUUAACAGGGAAACUGAGAGUGAUGGGUAACUUGCAACAAGCGAGAAAACUAGAACCUUUGAUGACAUCUUUAAAAUCCAAAUUAUAAUGCUUUGAUUUGCUCAAAGUAACUGUUAAUUUAUUAAGACUGAUCUAAUGGCUAACUCUUUUUGGUGCUUGUUUGAUUAGGCCUAGUUAUCGGAUCUUUGAAAGGGGGUAAGAAUAACCAAUCAUGGAAUUUUCAUAACCCUGAAAUUAGGGUAAAGUGUAAUCGUUUAUUUUAGUUUUCUUUAUGCUCUGAAAGCAAUUAUUUCGUAAAGACACUGCACACUGUUUAUGCAGCUACCUGUCAACAAUUCCUGCCCAUCGUGUGAAGAGCAAGUAGUAGCUCUUUAUUUGGUUUAAACUCUUCAGCAACUGAACUGCAAAAUGGAGUAUCUCAGUUACAAUGGCUCAGAAUUCCCAUGGAUACUCUAUUUUUGAAAAGAAAACAGAUUAACUUUAACCCUGGAACUUUCGAACCAUUGCAAUUGAGAUACAUUGCUUUGGCGUCCAGCCGUCCUAUUUAAAGGCAACAGUCAAUGAGGGGAUUACUUAAUAAGUUAAAAAUUGUAAGUUUACUUCAUAAUGAGGCUGAGAGAACAUACAUUUUGAAAAUUCACCUAAUUACCAAAUAAAGUUACUAUUAUAACAUAUUAGUUGUCAGAAUAAGAAUUUAAGUUGGAAAUGACUGAAAGCUAAACCUCACAGUCCUACAAACUGGUAAAUCACUUACCUUUUUCCUCAGUGUCAUUUGUUUUUUCAGAAAUGUCUCCAAUUUCUUGAUCAGCAGUUUCAGCCGUUAGAAAAAUAUGUUGUGAAAUUAAUCGCCAAAAUCGUCGCCACUCCACCUUGUUAUUUUCGUUAUUAAGAAUCAAUCCCCUAAUCAUUGUUGGGGUUGCAGCAGAAUGCCAAUAAUGGAAACAGAAUCAUAGGCUGUCAAAAUUGAAAAUCAUGUUUCUAUACAGCAUCAAAAGACUUCAUAAAAAAUGUCAAAAUUUUAAACCAAUAAGCUCACCACUUGUUUAUUGUUUUGGGCCUAUGUUUACCAUAAGCGUUUUGUCUGUACAAGCCACCAACAGAAGUGAAAAGAUCUGGAGGUCAUAGAGAGAUUUCAUCGAGAAGAGGUAAAUAGGAAACUUAAAUAAUUCAUUACUCAAAUACUCGAUGUUAAAAGAAAGAAGACAGUAUUCUGUAGGGCAUCUGGUCUAGUCUUUUUAUCUAAGUAACCCAAAAAUUUACCCACGAAUAAUGGGUCCCAAUGUUUGCACAGAACAUUUUCUGUCUAUGAAUUAAUCGGUGGAACUUAAAGAGUGAGUCUAAAUUAUACAUGAACGCAAGUAAGUUUAUAUUUUAAUAUUUUAAUUUAAAGUUUUAUAUUUUUCUUAAAUAAAUAUAUUUUUCUAUUUUUUA